AUGAUCAAAGAAUUGCAACCGUCCACAUUUACGCAACGGGCACUCAUUGUCAACCAUGAAAGGAAAUAUGAGCUCAGACCUGACUUUGCGACACCGGCCUACCUGGCUGAACAUGAAGUCAAGAUACGGGCGUGUGCCGUCGGCCUGAACCAGAUUGACUACAAGUCGGUAGACUACAACUUCUGUCUACCACAACUUCCAUGGAUCACAGGGCGUGAGAUGGCCGGUAUCGUGGAGGAAGUUGGUUCCAGUGUUUUACAUCUACAACCUGGCCAUCGUGUGUGGACCUCGACAUAUUACCGGGAUCGCCGGGCAGGCUGUUUCCAGGACUAUGUGAUUGUACCUCAGCACACAGUGUCUCAUAUGCCAUCGGAAAUGUCGUUCACAGACGCUGCAUGCUUGGGCGUGUGUGGCCUCACAGCUGCCAUGACGCUUUGGAGGUGGUUUGAGAUUCCACUGCCGUAUCAUGGCUUACCUAUGACGCCACCUGGUACUCCUCCGCAUAAGCCGGCUGAUGCUCCGAUCAUGCUUAUCUGGGGCGGUUCUUCGGUUACAGGGCAGUUUUUGACUCAAUUAGCAAGGCGCAGUGGUUUGCGCGUCGUUUCUGUCAGCUCCGCGAAGACUGCGAAGACCUUGUUGGACCUCGGUGCAGAGCAUGUUGUGGUACGCGAUGGAAAGUCGGAGGAAAAUAUUGUGGAUGAGAUCAAAGACCAUGCCGGAGACGACAUCACCCUGGCUGUCGACCUCGUUGGCGCGAAGACAGCAGUCGCCGCGCUGCGGUGCUUGUCUACUACCCGAUCUGCACGAUUCGCACCAUUGGCCUGGGCCCCGAAGAUGGAUGUCUCGGAAAAUAUUGAGAUUCUCAACGUCGAGAUGAAGCAAUUUGUUCUGAAUCCGGCGUCAUCAGUGUACGCGGAUCAUCUGACACGCUUGGUCGAUUCUGGUGAGAUCCAGCUUCCAGAGAUCGAAGUCCUUAGUGGAGGUCUGGACAUUGUCGAAAAGGGCCUCGAGAGAUUAAAAGGUGGCGAUAUGGUAGGAAAGAAAUUGGUUGUAGAUAUGUUGAAGUAA